GACUCUCCGAGCAUUGAACACUUGCCUUCAACCAUUUGUUGCAAUUGUAAAUGAUCGAGUCAAUCUUCAGCAGAUGAGCACUUUGUAAAUUGUAGCAGUUUUCAGCUUUAAUAUAACCCAGGUUUCAUUUGUGAAGAAGGAUUAAAGAUGUCUGUUUAUGCUCUCAUCGUUGCUUCUGAGGCAGUCCUGACAAGCCUGAUUCCACUAGCAACUGAACAAAUCAAGGGGGCAGUGUUUAAUUUCCAAGAUGAUCUCACCUCUCUCCACAGAAGGUUAACCACGAUUCAAGCUCUCUUAAGCGACUCUGGAAAUAGCGCAAGGAAAAUAGAAUCAAGAGUUCUGGAACUGUGGCUGAAGAAUCUCAAGCUUGCAAUUUGUGAUGCCGAGAACGUGCUGGAUGUGAUUGCUUAUGAAACUCUUCGAGGCAAGUUGGAGGUGUGAAAGAGGGAUAAGGUACGCAACGUCUUUUCACACUCAAAUCCCUUGGCAUUACGUCCCAAGAUUGCCAAUAAGGUCAAGAAUGUCAAUUCAUUGCUAGACAGAAUCUGCAAAGAGGCAAUUGAAAUUGGCCUUAGUCCAGCAAAUCAGGUCAUAAAUGCUAGUGUUGCUGUUGAGCCUAGUGAAUUCACUAGGCUGACUCACCCCUUUGUAGAUGAUUCCAAGGUUGUGCGUAGGGAUGCUGAUGUCUCUACGGUGAGAGACAUGUUACUCGGCUCUGGUGUAGAAGAUGAUUUAUCUGUGGUUGCCAUUGUAGGAAUGGCUGGGCUAGGGAAGACAACCCUUGCUCAGCUAAUUUACACAGACAACAAGGUUGAGAUCUGUUUUGGUAGUCAGAGAAUGUGGAUUUGUGUGUCAGAUAACUUCAAUGUUCAAAGGCUAUUGAAUGAGAUGAUGCAAUCUCUAACUGGCGAUAAAUCUGACACACCAAACAUUGGAGGAUUAGUAAGAAAACUUCAAGAGAAACUAAAUGGGAAAAAAUAUCUCCUUGUACUGGACGAUGUUUGGAACACAAGUUCAAAAAAUUGGGAAUCCAUGAGGAAUGCUUUGCAAGGAAUUGGUGGUUGCAAGGGAAGCAAAAUUUUAGUCACAACCCGCAGUAUGGAGGUGGUGUCAACCAUGCAAACGUCUCCAUCUCACACUCAUCGUUUGAGUGAGCUAUCGUCUAAUGAUAGUUGGAACCUGUUUACGAAAAGAGCUUUUGCGAAUGGAGGACCAAGAGAAAAUCAAACUUUGGUGGAUAUUGGUAGAAGAAUGGUAGCACAGUGUAAGGGUGUGCCAUUAGCAAUUAACUCUUUAGGAGGCUUAUUGUAUUCUAAGCAGCAUGAAAGCGAAUGGGAGUUAAUUGAGAAGACUAAAAUGUGGAAAUCACUUGCCAAUAAAGACGGAAUUCUUCCAAUAUUGAGGCUUAGUUACGAUCAUUUACCGUCCCCAUGUUUGAAACAAUGUUUCGCAUAUUGUUCCAUUUUUCCAAAAGACAUUAACAUCAACAAGAAUGAGUUGAUUCGACUUUGGAUGGGUCUAGGAUAUCUUCACCCUUUUACAGGAAGCGACUUUAAAAUGGAAGAUUUAGGCAACGAAUAUUUUAAUAUCUUGUUGCGUAAUUCUUUUUUUCAUGAAGUUAAAUUGGACGAGUAUAAUAAUAUUGCCAACUGCAAGAUGCAUGAUCUUGUACAUGAUCUUGUGCUUCAUGUUGCAGAAGGAAGUUCUUUGACUUUGGAAGCUAGUGAAGUUAAGAACCAUCCAGACGUUCAACAUCUCUCAUUGAACAUUGGGGACGAAACGAGGUUAGAUAUUUCGAAAGCAAAUGUUGGAAACUUGAGGGCGUUAUUUUUAACUGGACAUCUCCCUCAGAAAACUGACUUUGUCAAAUGUGUACGUGCCCUAAGGUUAGUAGGAAACCAUGUGAAAGAGUUGCCAAAAUCAAUGAGCAAGUUCAUACAUUUGAGGUAUCUUGACCUCUCAAAAACGAAAAUUGAAAAACUACCAAAGUUUAUCACCAAUCUCUACAAUUUGGAAACGCUAGUUUUGCCAUCGUCUCUACAAGAGCUCCCGAAAGAAAUCCAUCGGUUGAUUAACUUGAGACAUCUAUGUAUGGAUGAAACAAAAAUUAGUUCGAAGAUGAUUCCGGCAAUGAUGGGGCAGUUGACUUCUUUGCAGACAUUACGAUGCUUUGUUGUGGGUGAGGAUGUGGGCCACAAGAUUGAAGAGUUGGGAAGCUUAAAACAGCUAAGAGGUAGAUUACGUGUUGAAAAUCUAAUGUUCGUGAGCGACAGAGAAGAAGCAAAAAAGGCCGAUAUUAUAGGAAAAAAGGACAUGCAAGAGUUGGCAUUUCACUUUGGACUUGAAAGAUCUCACUCUAACCAUGCGGAUGUGUUGGAAGGACUUCAACCCCACAAAAAUCUUAAGAGUUUAAUACUCGAAGAAUUUGGAGGACGAAAAUUUGCAUCAUGGAUGACCAGUGCCAAUCCCCAGUUCCUUCAAAACUUGGUGAAGAUUGAAUUAAGGAUUUGCCAAGUAUGUGAACAAGUCCCAACACUCGGACAACUUCCACAUCUUGAAGUCGUUGAAAUGGCGGGAUUGGAUAAUCUAAAACGUAUUGGUCCUGAAUUCUAUGGAUUGGACGAGGGCAUUGUCGGUAGUAGUAGCAAGAGUGGGGUAGCAAGAGGGGGAGUAGUAUUUCCAGCAUUGAGAACACUUAGUCUUCGCGAUAUGGGGAAGCUAGAAGAAUGGUCAGAUGUAUCAUCCUUGCCAGUAACUACCACGAGUGAGAUAAACUUCUUUCCUUGUCUCAAAGAGUUGUUAAUAUCCAAUUGUCCUCAGUUGAUAACUAUUCCAGGUCAAUUGUUAUCUCUCCAGAGCAUAACUAUUCAAUCGAAGGAUUCUGCAUGGCGUAGGAGUCAAAUGACGGAUGGUCCCUCCUUGUUGAUGAGGGUCGAUCCAAAGUCGGAACUUAUUGCUCUUUUCAUUGAAGAUUUGCUUGGAAAAAGUAGCAGAUCCCUAAGAAAUCUGGAAAUAGAGGUAUUGGAGGAGCUGCAUCAUUUACCGAACCAGCUACUAAACCAAAUUUCUAAUUGGUAUAAGAAGAAACAGAGGUAACAAUAUCCACCAGCCUACCAUCCCUUCAACAGCUUUCGAUAUCGCACUGCCCUCAGUUGAGAUGUUUGCAUCGUGCAUCCUGACAUCCCUUAAGAUGAUGGCUAUAGUAGGCUGUUCAAGAUGGGAAAGUUUCUGAGAGAAGGGGCUGCUCUCCCCCUCAACAGUGCCCCUUCAUCUCCCUGGAGUCUGUAACCUUAGUGGGUAUGGAAAACCUUACAUGUCUGCCUGAUCUUGACCACCUCACUGCCUUGAAAAUUGAAUUUUUCAUUUUGGGAAACAUUGGAAGCUCUGCCAGAGUGGAUGGGUAAAUUGUCAUCUCUUCAAUCACUGGAGAUCUGGAGUUGUCCAAAUCUGAUGAGUUUGCCCUCCCGAGAAGCAAUUCAGCGCCUUUCCAAUUUACACCGUUUGGUUGUAUAUCUAUGUCCCAUUCUAGCGGAACAGUAUAAGAAGGGAAGCAAGGAAGAGUGGCGCAAGAUAGCUCGUAUACCAUCGGUCACAAUAAACGGAUUUGGGAGGGACCGCUGUAAACAUCUAAAUUCGCAGAAAGAGCUCGACCAAUUCUUACUUUUGAAGGCAAAGCAACCUCCAGCCAAUCAUAGGUUCUCAAGGGUCUUACAUGUGAACCCUGCCGCUAUUGACCUUGUUGAGAAGAUGCUAACUUUUGAUCCUAGACAGAAGAAUCACAGUCGAGGACGCUCUAGCUCAUCCGUACUUGACAUUGCUCCAUGAUGUCAGCGACGAGCCUAUUUGCAUGACUCCUUUUAACUUCGACUUCAAACAACUGCCUUGACUGUGAAACAGACAGGGGAGUUGAUUUACAUAGAGGCGCUUGCUUUUAACCCGGAGUAUCAACAAAUGUGAAGAGCCAUAUGGUACUUUGCAUUUUGUGGUUUUCAAUCAGUAUAGGUGCCGAUGUGAUACGAUACGAUGAUUAUUUCUUCAAUAUCGAGUGUACGUAUGUUCCCUGAAACUGAAUAAUUGAAAUAUUCGAUUGUAGGACUACAAUUUUUUCGGUAUUUGUACAGCUGACACGGUGCUGCUUGUAUGGUAAUUUUCCCCCUCGUCUACUAUUUUUCCGGUAUUUGUACAGCUGACACGGUGCUGUUUGUAUGGUAAUUUUCCCCCUCUUGUCUAUUUAUUACGAGCUGAUUUUG